AUGAUGCAAUUCAUGCUGUUGUUUAGUCGCCAGGGGAAGCUCCGUCUCCAGAAAUGGUACACCGCUUAUCAGGAUAAGAUGAAGAAGAAGAUCUGUCGUGAACUGAUUACUCAAAUCCUCGCGAGAAAACCCAAAAUGUGUGCUUUUCUGGAAUAUAAGGACCUCAAGAUCGUUUAUAAGAGGUGA